AUGGAUCUCGCGUCUAUAUACUUCGGGCUCUUUGUGGGCGUCUUUGUGUUCACUUUUGCGAAGGCUGUGCAGCAGACACGGGGUAUAUGGAGACGCACGCGGAGCCUCCAUCACGCAUAUGUGUAUAUGAUCUGGGUAGAGGCAUGGGUAAAUUUCAUCUUUGCCCUUGUUACAUUUCUGUUCCUGAAUGAAAUCAUUCUUGCGAGUCUCGGGUUCUUUUUAUUCACCGUGGCACUGUGGGCUAUUCAGACCCAGCUCUUGCCUCAAAUCAUUGCCAACCGCGUAGCUUUGAUUAUGACCAACAAGCGUAGAGCCAGAAAGUUGAAAUGGGGUCUCGCACUUCCCAUCGCAUGCAUCAAUAUCGCCGUUUGCUACAUAUGGACUGUCGCGCACCUGCCAUCAGCUACACCUUUUCAGAUUCAUGUCAACCUGAUGUUCGAAAAGGCAGAGAAGUCUUUCUUUCUUAUCAUUGACUUGGGGCUCAACUUAUACUUCUUGUAUCUGGUGCGCUUCCGCCUGAUUGCCGACGGAUUGGGCAAGUAUUGGAGGCUCUUCAACUUUAACGCUGGAAUGGUAGUUAUCUCUACAUCUAUGGAUAUUAUGCUCCUUGGAUUCUUGAGCUUACCAAACCCUUAUUUAUACGUCCAAUUCGCCCCUCUCGCCUACAUAGUCAAGCUGUACAUUGAGCUCCUAAUGGCUAACUUGAUCUCCAAAGUUGUCAGGAGUGGUGCGGCUGGGCGCGGAGACGGCGGCUGGCACGGGAGUAGCAGUCAUAAAUCCAACCCAACCAAUUAUGUCACUUCCCGUGUCGUCGUUAGCGGCAGUCAAGCCAUCCCGAAGUCAGGUAACACGAUUUUGAACAAGUUGGGAAAAGAGGAGCGAACUCGUCAAGGCAGCUCUGGCUCGGAGAUACAUCUAGCUACAUAUCCUGGCGCCCAUGGUAUAACGAAGACGAUCGAGACUACAGUUGUGGUAGACGAUGGCGAGGACGGUCACAGCGAUAUGUCCUCUAAGGAUAGUGUAUAA